UCUUUCCUCAUAUACCCCUUACUUUCUCACAAAGUGGUCCCACCUUGGGUAAAUUUUCUUCAAACGGUUACUCACCCACCCUUCUCUCAAUGUGCUCAUGUGCUCCACUUCCACCAUCUGCCACUAUGUCCACGUCAUUAUUCAUUAUAAUAUGCUUUGACUGUGACCUAAUUAUAUACCUUCACAGAAGUUGCACAAAAUGAAGAAUGAAUGGGGGGCAGGAUUCAUCACCAGAGAGAGGUUUGAUAAUUUUAUUUAGACUGUAUUCUUUAGUGAUAGGGAUUUUUUUGGCGUAUUUUGUUGCUUAGAAAUUCUUCAACAACCCUCAAGUAAGAGGUUAUAGUAAAUGGUUGCUUGAAAUUAUAGACAUGGUAUUUUGAGAUAGUUAAUUUUGACUUUGAGAAAAGCAGAUGUUUGAUAGAUAUGAGAUAUUGACUAACCUUUAAACAACUGAGGAAUGGGUUGGUCAAAUACAUUUUUGAUUUCUAAUUUUCUUUUCUUCAUGUUGCGAUAUGUAGUAGUUGGCGAGAACAUCGAAGGGGCUGGCGGAAAGGUUAUGCCAGCGCCAAAGAGAGAUACAAUAGUUUCCUUAUUGUUUUGAAUUCAUGUAAUUGCGUACAAUUGUUUGGAAUGAAGUUGUGAAUUUUUAAUUCAAGUAUGCAAUAUUUUCAAUGCAUGUUAUUUUUCUUGGUUUCAAUUUUACCUUUUUAUUUUUACUUUAUGUUUACGCUCUAAUAUGGAGACAAGACAACUCACGGUUGAUUGUUUGACUGGUUUUAUAGUUUACUAAUAAAAUAAUCAUUGUAUGUUAUAUUUUUUUUGUGAAUAAUCAUUGCAUGUUACAUUGUAUCUAUAAUCUAUUUCUAUGACAUAUACAAAGACAUUUCCUUCUUUUGGUGUAGUCUUUUUAUCCAACCAAACUAUUUGUAAAUGACAGCAAUUAUGAGAUUCUAUUGCCAUCUCAAAUGUGGAUGAUUUAUAGGUUGGAUAUUCUAUUUCAUGCUUAUAUUUUCUUAUCAUUUUUUUCUUUGAAACUUCAAAUUGUAUUUGUGAGCCUUUUUAUGCCAAGAGGGUUAUUUGUUACUGUUUAUGAUGCUUUUUUAUAAGAUUCUUGAUUUUUUGUGGGUUAAUUUUGGAGCAAAUGGACGGUAAUACCAAUGGGAAAUAACCUAAAAGGAUUGAAACUCUCCAAACUAGACUGGAAGCAUACAAAAGACAAGCUCCUAUUGUACCAAUGUGACAUUUCUACAAUUCCUUUCAAUUUCCUUUGCAUAUUUUCCUUUCAUUUACAAGACAAGAUUAUGCUUUAGUUAUCAUACAUAUUUUUAUUGAUCAUAAUUAGCCCCUUCGACAAUGAUCCUCAAUAGCAGACACGUAUUGGUCGCUUUAAACAAAAAGAACAAUAUUAUUUUUCUUCAUCUUUUUCUUCAGUUUUAUAUUUUUAUUGGUAGAAAAUUUAUAAAUCUCUUCGAAUAUGGAAUAUCUACUACUCGAAAAUAACAUUUUCUUUCUUUAACCUAUCACUUUUUUUUGGAUAAUGUGUAAACGGAAUAAAAAAAGUGGACUCACAGACACAAAAGAUAGUGGAUCCAUAUGUUAGCGCAAUAUAAAAAUGAAAAGGUGCGGACAAUUGAGGGCAACAAAGUAUUUUUAUUCAUAAGCUUUAUAUAUUACUUUUUUAUAGAGUGUUAGAUAAAUUAUAUUUGUGUAUGACAUACUAUAUUUAAAUUUACCAAGAGAAACAUAAUCAAGUUUUUACACAUGUUAUACAAAUGUCCGGGAACAAGAGAUCUUUAUUCAUCAUAUUUUUAUUUCUUAUACCAUAAGAUUUAUAUAUUACUUUUCUGCAUGGUGUUAAACAAAUUAGGUGUAUGACAUGUUUAUACAAUAAAUUAUACAAAGAACCAUAGUCAAGUAUACACACAUGUGCUAUAUAUAUACGUUAGCGCAGUAGAAAAAAGCGAAUAGAUGGGCACGUGCCCGUCUAGACGCUAGUAAUAGUAAUAUUAUUACAUUUAAACAUGAUGGUGAGACUUGUUUGAUAUAGUAGCAUUUCUUGAAGUAGUCUGUUCCUGUGUGCAGUUUUGAUUACUUUGAUUUUCUUACGAUCAGUCACACACAAUCCAUAUUCACUUUCCCUCUCUCUCUUUUCUCUCUCACACAAUAGAACUUCAACAUCACAACUACCCACCUUCACCAAAUUUGCAACCUCCAAGGUUUGCAAAUCAAUGUAUAAGUACGUCACACACACAAGUUUAACUUUUCAUAUUUUCUCUCUCUCACAUAUACACAACCAUUUCUAAUGUACUCUUGAAAUAGCAAUAAGCAAAAAGAGGGAAAGUGAAUAUGGAUUGUGUGUAAGAAAAUCAAAGUAAUCAAAACUACACACAGGAACCCAGAUCAUUUGUCCACCCCCUACCUUCACAUCGUGUUCUUUAAUGCAAAGGAUGCUUUAAUGCAAUGUCGUUUACAAAUUUCAUAUAAACAGGCCUUGAUACAAUACCAAUAUUCAUCAACCAAUACUACAAUUCCUGUCUCAAAAAUCUACUAGAGCUUUCAAGUUUCAAAGUUUUUAUCAAAUGGCUAAUCUCUCAUACUUGCCCCCUGUUUUAGCUCUUUCACUUUUAGUUGUCUUUGCAGCUGAUGCUAGUACUCUCCAAGAUUAUUGCGUGACAAUUUUAGGGAAUUCAGUAUGCAAGGAUCCUAAACUUGUUGAGGCAAAUGACUUCUUUUUUAGUGUCCUUCACAUAGCAGGCAACACCACAAAUCCUACUGGGUCUAGAGUAACUCCAGUCUUUGCAGCUCAGCUACCCGGACUGAAUACACUAGGGAUCUCAAUGGCUCGUGUCGAUAUAGCACCAUGGGGAAUUAACCCUCCUCACUCACAUCCUCGUGCUACCGAAAUAUUCACUGUUCUUGAAGGCACUUUAGAAGUUGGAUUCAUCACUUCAAACCCGGAAAACCGCCACUUUAGAAAAGUUCUACAAAAGGGAGAUGUGUUUGUGUUUCCUAUAGGACUCAUUCACUAUCAAAGAAAUAUAGGAAAUGCUCAUGUUGUUGCCAUUGCAGCUCUUAGUAGCCAGAAUCCAGGAGGUAUCACUAUUGGUAAUGCAAUGUUUGGGGCUACACCUGAGAUAGCUAGUGAAGUUCUUGUUAAGGCUUUUCAAUUGGACAAGACUAUUAUCAAUUACUUGCAGUCAAAGUUUUAGAUUAUUGGGUGUGAUUUUGAUAUUUUUGUUUGUUUGUAUGUUUCAUUUGUUGGCGCUUCUUGUUUCCUAAAGUAUUUUAUUACCCAUUCAUUUGAUUCUUUCCUGAAAUUGUAGGUAUGUAAUGUUUCUUUUUGUUUUAUCAUGUAAUACUGAUUAAAAAAGAUUUGAAGCA